UGUUGGGAUAGUGAGGCUGGGGCGAGGAGGAGCAGCAUGAGAGGCAAUGGGAGCGGGCUGAACGCCUCCCACCCGCCCGCGGAGCUCAGCCUGGACCGGCCCGCCUGGGUGGCUUCCACUUUGGCCGCCAUCCUCAUCUUCACCAUCGUGGUGGACGUCCUGGGCAACCUGCUGGUCAUCCUGUCCGUGUACAGGAAUAAGAAGCUGCGGAACGCUGGAAAUAUAUUUGUUGUAAGCCUGGCCAUUGCAGACUUGGUAGUGGCGAUCUACCCAUACCCACUGGUCCUGACAUCUGUAUUUCAUAAUGGAUGGAAUCUGGGCUACCUCCAUUGCCAAAUUAGUGGUUUCCUGAUGGGCCUAAGUGUUAUUGGAUCAAUAUUCAACAUUACAGGCAUUGCUAUUAAUCGAUAUUGCUACAUCUGCCACAGCCUCAAGUAUGACAAGCUGUAUAGUGACAAGAAUGCUCUGUGCUACGUCAUUCUCAUCUGGAUCCUGACAUUUGUUGCUAUUGUUCCCAAUCUGUUUGUUGGAUCGCUACAAUAUGAUCCGCGGAUCUACUCGUGCACAUUUGCACAAUCCGUGAGCUCACCGUAUACAAUAGCAGUGGUGUUUUUCCAUUUCAUGCUUCCCAUAGCCAUAGUUACUUUCUGUUACUUGAGAAUAUGGAUCCUUGUUAUUCAGGUAAGGCGAAGGGUUAAACCUGACAACAAGCCCAGGCUGAAGCCACAUGACUUUAGGAACUUUGUCACCAUGUUUGUGGUAUUUGUACUGUUUGCAAUCUGCUGGGCUCCUUUGAACUUCAUAGGCCUGGCUGUGGCUGUUGACCCAGACACAAUAAUCCCCAGGAUUCCAGAGUGGUUGUUUGUAUCCAGUUACUACAUGGCAUAUUUCAACAGCUGCCUUAAUGCUAUCAUAUAUGGACUCCUGAACCAGAAUUUCAGAAGAGAAUACAAGAGAAUUAUUGUCACAAUUUGUACAGCAAAGGUUUUCUUUCAGGAUAGUUCUAACGAUGCAGCAGAUAGGAUGAAAACCAAACCCUCACCACUGAUUACGAACAACAAUCAAGUGAAGGUAGACUCUGUGUGAAAAUGGGAGCCUCACCAUUGCCGAUCUACAACAUUCAAACACUAGCUCUGUUUUAUUAGCCACACAGUUGAAGUGCUGUAGUGAAAUACUAGUCCUAUAUGAAAGGUAUUUGGACAA